AUCAAUUGCAUUCAAUAUAUUUUCCACCUUUCUUUCUCCAACGAUUCCGCAUUAUAUUUGAGUUUGUGAGAGGAACAUAUAUAAAGAGUUCCUUUCAACUCCAAAAAGAGUUAAAAAAAAAUUAAAAACAAAAAUAUGGGAGCUUGUGCUAGUGCCCCAAAGGACUUGAAGGCUGAGGCCAAGGCAGCCCCUCUGCCGGAGCAACCAAAGGAGGAGGAGACCGCCACCACCACCACCGUGGCCCCGGAGGUGACGGCGGUUGACAAGGAGGUGAACGGAGAAGAUGAACAAAAGAAGGUGGAAGAUGGUGAUGUUGCUAAGCCAAAGGAGGAUGAGAAGGUGGCCGGGGAUAUUAACAAAUCCAAUUCUCUUGGGACGUUGCUCAAUGAGACCGAAGUAGAAAAGGAGUCAGUUAAAGAUGAGAAGAGCUCAGAAACCACAGACAAAAAACCAGAAGAAGCAAAAGUGGGAGAACUUGUAGCAUCAGAUGCCAACAAAGAAACUGAUGCUCAACAACCAGCUGCUGCAGAAGAGGCUGAAAAGAAAUCAACAUCAUUGGUCUCAAGAGAGCUACAAUGAUAAAUGCAUAUGCUUUUUUGUUGGUUACUUGAGGGUCAAGGAAAAAUUGUGUAGCAAAAUAUAUGGGGAUUGGAACAUAUAUGGACUUGCAUGGGUUCUAAUAUGGUGGAUAUUGUUUUUGAAGUAUCUAUAGUUACAUGUACUUGGGUGUUUCAUGUUAUUGGAGUUCCCUUAACCUUUCUUUUAAAUUCUUUUGA